GGGGGGCUGGGGGCGGGGGAAGCCAGCCCGCCCGCCGCAGUGUCCCCACCGCAAAGGUUGGGAGGGGGGCUCCGGAUCGUGCCAUUCGCGUGGAAGGAACCUGCAAGUCCCCCCUCCCGCCCGCUCCUGCGAGACGCUGCGGCAGGUCGACGAUGCUGCGCCGGACGAUCAACCGCUUUUUUAUUGGGGAAGACAAACGCGUUGGGACACGGACCAUCCUGGUUGGCCACCGUCCGGUUUCUGAAACAGAGGCUUAUGUUGUCCAGAAAUUCUGUGACAACAAGAUAAUCUCCUCCAAGUACACAGUCUGGAAUUUUCUCCCAAAGAAUCUCUUCGAACAGUUCCGAAGAAUUGCCAACUUCUAUUUCCUUAUCAUCUUUCUUGUACAGGUCAUAGUAGAUACACCAACGAGCCCAGUCACCAGUGGACUUCCUCUUUUCUUCGUUAUUAUUGUUACAGCUAUUAAACAGGGUUAUGAGGAUUGGCUACGGCACAGGGCAGACCGGGAAGUCAACAAAAGCACAGUCUUAGUGAUUGAGGAUGGAAAGCGUGUGAAGAAGGACUGUGAUACAGUCCAGGUUGGUGACAUAGUAGAAGUGAUAACAGGUGAAACCUUUCCCUGUGACCUUGUAUUUCUUGCAUCGAGUAGCAAAGAUGGGACCUGUUAUGUCACUACAGCUAGUCUGGAUGGAGAAUCAAACUUCAAGACUCACUACACUGUGCAGGAUACUGCCAAACUCUCUACAUGCCAAGCCAUAGAUUGCCUUAUUGCCACAAUUGAAUGUGAACAGCCUCAGCCAGACCUCUACAAGUUUGUUGGAAGAAUUAACAUCUACAAUGACAACCAAGAGCCUGUAGCCAGAGCACUGGGCCCCGACAACCUCCUGCUGUCAACAUUAAAAACUACUCACAAAAUCUAUGGUGUUGCUGUCUAUACUGGGAUGGAAACAAAAAUGGCUUUGAACUACCAAGGAAAAUCUCAGAAACGCUCUGCGGUGGAAAAAUCAAUCAACGUUUUCUUGGUUGUCUAUUUAUUCAUUCUUGUGGGCAAGGCCGUGGUGUGCACUACUAUGAAGUACUACUGGAUAAGUGAUCAUUCUGUCGAUGAACCUUGGUACAACCAAAAGACCCAAAGAGAGAGAGAGACCUUCAAGCUCUUAAGAAUGUUCACAGAUUUCCUGUCCUUCAUGGUCUUGUUCAAUUUCAUUAUCCCAGUCUCCAUGUAUGUGACAGUAGAAAUGCAGAAAUUCUUGGGUUCUUUCUUCAUUUCUUGGGACAAAGAGAUGUAUGAUGAGACAACCAAAGAAGGGGCCUUGGUGAAUACCUCUGACCUCAAUGAGGAGCUUGGUCAGGUUGAAUAUGUGUUCUCUGACAAAACUGGGACACUGACAGAAAACACCAUGGAAUUCAUUGAGUGCAGCAUUGAUGGAUACAAGUAUAACGGUUCCAUGACAGAGGUUGAUGGGCUCAAAUAUUAUGAGAAAGCUGAGAAGAGUCAAGAAGAGCUGUUCCUGCGUGCUUUGUGUCUCUGCCACACUGUUCAGAUUCAGUAUAGAGAUAAAGUUGACUCGGGAAAAUCUCAUCUGGAGACAUCAUCUCUGAACUAUGUCUCCUCUUCCCCGGAUGAAAUAGCUUUGCUGACAGGAGCUAAAAAGUAUGGUUUCACUUUUCUAGGACAAGAAAAUGGUUUCAUGAAGGUACAGAACUGCUAUAAAGAAAUGGAGAGCUAUGAGCUGCUUCAUGUUUUGGAUUUUGAUUGUGUCCGCCGCCGAAUGAGUGUUAUUGUGAGGAUGCCAUCAGGGAUGAUAAUCCUGUUCUGCAAGGGAGCAGACUCCUCUAUGUUUUCAAGGGUGCAAGAAUCUGAAAUACUGAAAACAAAAGUACACGUAGAACGCAAUGCAAUGGAUGGGUAUCGGACACUUUGUGUAGCCUUCAAAGAAAUUUCUGAAAGUGACUACCUGAAAAUCAGUGACAGUGUUAAAGAAGCUACAAUGGCACUACAGGACAGAGAAGCAAAGAUGGCGGUGCUUUUUGAUGAAAUUGAGAGAGAUAUGCAUUUGAUUGGGUCCACUGCUGUGGAAGACAGACUCCAGGAGCGUGCAGCAGAAACCAUUGAGGCCUUGCAUGCUGCUGGCAUGAAGAUCUGGGUGCUGACUGGGGACAAGAUGGAAACUGCCCAGGCAACCUGCUAUGCCUGCAGACUCUUCCAGUCCAAUACAGAACUGCUGCUUCUGACAACAAAAACCGUGGGAGAGGAGAACCAUAAGGAAGAGCAACUGUACAAGCUAAUGAUGGAAUAUCACAAAAAGGUGGUGAAUGACAUGCCUGAAGAUGUGAAAAGGAACUGGAUGCUCAGCCAUGAAUAUGGGCUAGUGAUCGAUGGUGCAACCCUGUCCCUGAUCUUGAACCCUUCUCAAGACUCAUGUUCCGUCCACUACAGAAACAUCUUCCAACAGAUAUGCCUGAAGUGCACUGCAGUACUGUGUUGCCGAAUGGCCCCUCUGCAGAAAGCACAGAUGGUUCGAAUGGUUAAGAAUUCGAAAGGCAACCCGAUAACUCUUGCAGUAGGAGAUGGUGCCAAUGAUGUUAGCAUGAUCUUGGAAGCUCAUGUUGGCAUAGGUGUUAAAGGCAAAGAAGGCCGCCAGGCAGCAAGGAACAGUGACUAUGCCAUCCCCAAGUUUAAAGACUUGAAAAGAUUGCUGCUGGCACAUGGGCAUUUGUACUACGUCAGAAUAUCACACCUUGUGCAGUAUUUCUUCUACAAGAACCUUUGCUUCAUUUUCCCACAAUUUUUAUACCAGUUCUUCUGUGGCUUCUCACAACAGCCUCUGUAUGAUGCAGCUUACCUUACCAUGUUCAACAUCUGUUUUACAUCCCUGCCGAUUGUGGCCUACAGUCUACUGGAGCAACAUAUCCCUAUUGACACCUUGAUGUCCUUUCCAAAGUUGUAUAUGAAUGUUUCCGACAAUGCAAUGCUGCAGUUGAAGCCCUUUUUGUAUUGGACCUUUCUGGGCAUUUUUGAUGGACUUGUGUUUUUCUUUGGGGGUUAUUUUCUUUUUCAAGAUGCUUCUUUAGAGGACAACGGAAAGAUGUCUGGAAACUGGAGUUUUGGAACCAUGAUUUUCACAGUGCUCGUGUUCACUGUCACCCUAAAGCUGGCAUUAGACACUCGUUUUUGGACGUGGCUAAACCACUUCGUCAUUUGGGGUUCAUUGGCCUUCUAUGUGUUUUUCUCAUUCUUCUGGGGAGGAAUCCUUUGGCCUUUCUUGAAGCACCAAAGAAUGUAUUUUGUAUUUGCCCAACUGCUGUCUUCAGUGCCCGUCUGGCUGGCAAUAUUUUUCUUGAUCUUCGUCAGCCUGUUCCCAGAAAUCAUUAUGGUAAUCUUUAGAAAUACGAAAAGAAAAAGCCGCCAGGCUGUUUCUUUAGAGCUGCCAGUACUGGUGUCCUACAAACACAAGGAGAAUGGCUACACCUAUUAAGUGAAGUCCAGAGAAACACCAUGACUCCUUUUGCAGAAUGAUGCCCUCUCAGGAUUCUUCGGAUGCAAAGAUUAUAACCCCAGCACGUGGGCUUAAAUCAGCAAUGCUCUUUCUUUCUCUCUUUCUGUGCUACAAACUGAGUAUCAGAAGCAAUCAAAAAGGAAGCCAAGAGAGUUAUUCCUUUUUUGUGGGUUUGUUUUUUAAACAAAGACUUUUUUUGCUUUGCAUUUUUAAAAUAAUGGGGAAAGGUGGGGAAAGGUGUUUUUCCCUAAUUUCCCUUCUUUAAUCCCCUUCUCUAAGAAACUAACUUUGCUAUUCUGCUAAAUAAAAUGUUGGAGAAAGCUACGGAGGUUUUGGUACUUGGAAGACUUGUGGCGUAUUCUGCUGUGAUUCAGAUUCAUCCAGGAAAGGCGAAGUGCUGCUAAAGGUUUCUUUCUUUUGUUCCCCCUCCCCCGACCAAAGAAAUAGCACAACUUUAUCUUCCGAGAGCUGUGUUCCAAUUUUCCAUGGACAGCGCUAGCAAAAUCUUAUGUGUCGUUCUGUGGCUUGGCCAUAAAUUUGAAUCAUGUCGAUGUACUUCUGUUGUUGUUGUUCAGCCAACCACUACCAUCUCACCUUUAAGGAAUAGGGUAUUUUAAAAAAAAAAGUUAAUUUUUUGCCCCAUCAAGAAUACUUGAGGGGAAAAAAUUGAAAGACUUGUGCUUUCCUGUGGUAUCCAUGUUCAUUUCAAACACUAAGGUUAAUGUAGCUGAAUGUUCUCUGUUGAGCUUGGGUUGAAGAAUUCAAAAGCAACCUGUUGUCCAAUACUUGCACAUGCAACAGGUUUUCUUUCCAUGGUCUGUUCCUCUCUAUUCCCCUCUCAAGUGUAUUUUGCAGUUCAAAUCAGCAUGUCUCUUUUCUUAAAAAAUGUAACACUCUUUACUGACUAUAAGAAAAUAUUUACACCACAUUGUCAGACUUCUCUCAACCUGAGCUCUUAAGGAUUACGUACCAUUUUUAGGAUGCAAUUUUCCAGAUGUGCAGGUGCCAGAUACUUAGAAUAUUAACUGUUCACAAAGGUUCAGAUGUUUACUGAUGGAGAGAGAUCUAACUGGGGGGGAGGAAUCUUUUUGGUGCACUCUUUCUCUUCACAUUCAAGGCCCACAGGCCAUUGUUUGGGAUAGACCCACCACUGCAAGUUGUAAAAAUUGCCUUCUUUGGAGGAGCAAGCCCUGAAAUGCCUGCACUGUUACCCUUUCUAGUGAGAGAGCCACAUUCAUCGUUAGCUGUCUUCCUCCAAAGUGUAGUGCAUCUGAUGGCCAGUUCACACACCUGUGUGUUAAGGUAUACCUUAAAAAGCUCUUACAUGUGCACUUACAGAUAUUGUUAGCAUGUGCAACCAAUGCAUGUUUUCAACUGUGUAUCUGAUGGGUACACAAGCACGUGUGCCCGUUAUUUGCCACCAUGUAAUAUGUGUAGUAGUGCUAUAACACACACAGUAGCACUGCUGGCUUCCCUCCCCCCCUUUCUUUCUUUCUUUUUUUUCUGAAUUUUGCCCCAGCAGUCUACAUGCAGGAAGUAGUGUGUGAAUUUAGAAGUAGAUUUGUGCCAGUUGCUAUGAAUUCCAUGACUGAGACAGCUCCAGAAAUGGCCACUGAGAUUUGAGAGGGCUCAACUGAAUCUGCUUCUGAUCCAAGCACUAGUCCUAUGCAAAAGUGGGCAACGCUGAGGACAUGCUCAGGUAGGCAGUCCCAUGGGGGCAGGGGCAGUGCAUGCAUGAACAAACGCAAAGACAUUUGUAGCUAGAAAUAACAUGUCUAGGUCAGUCCAGCUUACGACUAAAGUCCCAGAGUUCACUGAGGCAUGGAUGGAAAGAUCCCCCCCCCCCCGUGUAAUACUUGUAGUUUAAACUCUUUUUGCUGUUUUCUGUUCUUCAAAUGGGACCAGUUGAUCAUUGUCUCAUUUCCACCUUGUCUAUCUGCACAGUGAGACUAUAGCUAGACAUUAACAGGCUUGUGUGGCUGCCACCAAUCCAUAUUUUCAAUCUUCUUCCCAGUAGUGUUUGAUAUGAGAAAUGCAUGAUGUGGUAUCAUUAUGGAGCAUCUGUUUCCCCUUCCCUCCUGCCCUUGUACAUGGCAGCCAGUCAGUUGACAUAGAAUGCGGUCACAUUACACCACAGAUUUCCCUCCCUAGACAUUACUGGGAGAGGAUGAGAGAGCGGUUUCUCCUCUGACACCCCCCCCCCACUUCUGCUUUCAGCCAUGACAAACAGGGUCACUAUGACAGGCUAGGUGCCAAAUCAUAUCUGGUAGAGACCCCUUCACCCUGUCCCCAAAACCUUUAAAUACACAGGUCCAUCUUGGUGUCUGUGUUUAUGCGUUGUUAAUUUCUGGGGCUCUUUUUUAAACUUUGAAUUGCAUAUGACCUGAAACUCACUGUGCAUUUUUCACAAGCUAGGCAAGUACCCUUUUCUAGUCGCCUCAACUCACCUGUGAACCUAAUGCAUUUUUUUUAAAGAAUGCACCAGUUUAGGACCAAAUUCUCUGAUUCCAAACUCCAAGUAGUUACUGGGGGGGGGGACGGGGGGGGAUGGACUUCAUCUUCUGAAAUAUAUUAUAAACCUAGCAGUUGGAAGUUCUCAAAAGGGGAUGGGACUAGAGGCAUCUUGGGCACAACAACUGGUUUCUUUUGCUUUCUCACACCGUGACUGGGCCAGGUGAUCAUUAGUAGUGUCUCUGAACUUCUGCUGUUUCACUGGAGCCCAGGAGUUUUAUUUUUGUUUUUAUGGCUAAGGUUUAUUUAAAAUGUCAACCAAAACAACAGCAAAUCCAGCAAUGAGAUGAUCCAUUUUGGUCCCCAGAAGGCUGUGAAGAGUUAAUCCCACUGAGAGGAUUUUGCAGGUUUGGCAUGUACCAAUAGCACAUCAUGUGGUAAAACUUUUUUAGAUUGCACGUUGGAGAACCAUGUCUGAGUCCUCCCUCACUAAACAUGGAAAACUAAAGUGACAAAAGAUAUUAAAAGUGCAGUUUUGUAUUGCCCGUGAGCUGCUAGUUUUUUUGAUGGCAGGGAGUUUCUUGCAGGGAAGGGAAAGCGUAUUCAGUUGGAAGUGGUAGGAUCCAAGAGAACUUUUACCACAUGACCUGAUGUUUUUCUGGACUGGGCCAUAACCAUGACCAACUUUGCUGCAUUUCAUUUUGUAUCCUCAAGCCAUGAGUUUGCUUAUGAACUCUGUCCCUUCCCCAAAGCGCUGCAGCCAUUACUGGAGGAUAUACCCAGUCCACAAUCUAGAAUCGUCAACAUUUUAAAGUCAUUUGUGCAUAUGGGCCAUGCCAGUCCAAGUAGUCUUAACUCAUGUCAAUAUUGUAAAACCUGUAAUGGAACUUUUUUUAAAAAAACAAAAGUUGUAGAUAUGGAGUGGAGGAGGCGGAUGUACAUUCUAUACAGAUUUUAAGAUGCAUUUUUUCAGCUGCUUGCAAACACUGAAGGGACUGCAAUCUUAAUUUUUAUCUCUCUGGCAAUUUUAUACACUUAACGUAUAAUG